AUGCCCUCCGCCACUCUCCCGACCUUUACGCUCGCCGAAGUCGAGUCGCAUAACACGAAGAAGUCUCUCUAUGUCACGCUGGGAAAGAAUGUCUACGACUUGACUGAUUUUGUCGACUCCCAUCCCGGCGGUGCCGACUUGGUGCUUCAAUAUGCUGGGAAGGACGUCGCAGAUAUACUCAAGGACGAGACCUCGCACCCGCAUUCGGAAACAGCCUACGAGGUCCUCGAUGAGUCACUAGUUGGAUUUCUAGCCUCGGGCAAGGCUGCUGCGAAUGGCUCGGCUUCGGCCAACUGUGUGGCCAACGGCGUGGCCAACGGCAGCGCCAAAGCCGCUGGCAAUGCACCCGACGUGCAUCCAAGGACGGGCAUGUCGUGUGAGGAGGAUCUGAACAAGGAGACGGACCCUGUCGGAGACUACAAGACACACAAAUUCCUUGACCUGAACCGCCCGCUCUUUUCACAGGUCUGGUACGGGGGCUUUAGCAAAGAGUUCUAUCUAGACCAGGUCCACCGGCCACGGCAUUACAAGGGCGGCGAAUCUGCCCCCCUGUUCGGAAACUUCCUCGAGCCUCUUUCCAAGACUCCAUGGUGGCUGAUCCCCAUCAUAUGGCUACCACCCGUCUGCUACGGCGUCUACCUUGCUCACCAAGGAUUCAACACUGGCUUGGAACAAGCUGCCUACUUCGUUCUAGGCAUCUCGAUCUGGACCCUACUGGAAUAUGUCAUUCACCGUUGCCUAUUCCACCUCGACCAUUACCUGCCCGACAACCAUGUAUUCCUCACGCUGCAUUUCGUCCUCCAUGGCGUCCACCACUAUCUUCCCAUGGACAAGCUCCGGCUGGUGAUGCCCCCUACCCUCUUUGUUGCUCUUGCUUCUCCGUUCUGGAAGCUGGCCCACUUCAUCUUCUUCUGGGAUUGGAAUAUCGCCACAACUGUGUUCUGCGGCGCCGUCUUCGGAUACAUCUGCUACGACCUAACGCACUACUUCCUCCAUCACCAGAACCUACCACUGUGGUACAAGGGGCUGAAGAAGUACCAUCUCCAACAUCACUUCCUGGACUAUGAAAAUGGCUUCGGCAUCACCAGCCGCUUCUGGGAUCGCGUUUUUGGUACUGAGAUUGGCGAAGGUAAUGCAUCAGGAAGAAAAGGAGAAGGAGAAGGAGAAGAAGGGAGGAAGCUGGAACUUGAGACUUCCCGCGAUGGCAAUGGCAACCGGGGCCAGGGGCGAGACCGAGAUCGGGAGCGCAAAGUCCGGACUCGCAGCCCUGAGCACCGUGGCAGCCGCCGGGGCACCCCGAGUGAACAUGGAAGAGACACCCCAAGAAGUGAAACUGGCAGCCACAGAAGUAGGCGCAGAAGCCGAAGCCGUGAUUCUGAUCGCCGACACUCACGUCGUGAUAGAGACGGUGAUUAUUACCGCAGCAGAGGUGGACGCUCCCGCACUCGCACCCGCUCUCCAAAUGGCCACUAUCGCAACCGCCGAGGUGGUCACCGUCGCGACCGAGACCGUGACGACCAUGGCUAUCGCCGACGCGAUGACGAACGAGACCGCCUCCGUGGUGGUGACAAUCGCAAUGCCCCCCGCGAUGCCCCUCCUGCACAGCUGACUGAGGAUGAGCGUGACCGUCGCACUGUCUUUGUCCAGCAGCUUGCGGCCCGUCUUCGCACCAAGGAACUCAAGGAGUUCUUCGAGAAGGUUGGGCCUGUGGCUGAAGCUCAGAUAGUUAAAGAUCGCGUCAGCAAUCGUUCCAAAGGUGUCGGCUAUGUGGAAUUCAAAAACGAAGAGUCUGUCGCUGCCGCCCUUCAGCUUACGGGCCAAAAGCUCCUAGGUAUUCCUGUCAUCGUCCAGCUUACGGAGGCCGAGAAGAAUCGCCAAGUCCGUAAUACGGAAGCCUCCGGGCAACACCCCAACUCGAUCCCAUUCCACCGCCUCUAUGUGGGAAACAUCCACUUCAGCAUUACAGAACAGGACCUCCAGAAUGUCUUUGAGCCAUUUGGUGAGCUAGAGUUCGUCCAGCUGCAGAAGGAUGAUACCGGCCGCAGCCGCGGCUACGGAUUCGUCCAGUUCCGCGACGCUGGUCAGGCCAGAGAGGCCUUGGAGAAGAUGAACGGGUUCGAUCUUGCUGGUCGCCCCAUCCGUGUUGGUCUUGGCAACGAUAAGUUUACCCCAGAGUCAACUGCCAAUCUCUUGCAGAGAUUCCAAGGCCAGAACCAACAGUAUCAGGGAUCGGCCUUCUCCGGUGCUGGAGGACGAGGAGCCGCAAACUCAGCCUUCGAUCGCGCCGGUGGCCGAGACAAUGAAAAGGGUACUGGCGCCAGCGCCCUCGACGACACCGACGUGGCCGGCGUCAACUUUAACAACUACAGCCGAGAUGCCCUCAUGAGAAAGUUGGCCAGAACUGACGAACCCUCUAAUGGCACCAAUGAACGACAGAUUAUCAAGCCCAAGACUGAGGCCAAGCCUCUCCCCAUUAACGUCAACAUGGCGAGCCGUUGCGUUGUCCUCCGGAAUAUGUUCGACCCCACUGAGGAAGAGGGCGAGGACUGGAUCAAGGAGCUGGAGGAUGACGUCCGCCAAGAGGCUGAGGAGAAAUAUGGUCACGUCGUUCACAUUUCUUUAGAUACCAACUCCCCAGGCGACAUCUACCUCAAAUUCGACAAGGUCCAGGGCGGCGAGAAUGCCAUCAAGGGCCUGAACGGCCGCUACUUCGGCGGGAGGAUGAUCACCGCUGCACCUGUUGUGGACGCAGUCUACAGCAGUUUGUUCUCUCGCACCAAGGCGAUCUGA